AUGAGCCUUCCAACUACCCAAAAGGCCGUCGUCAUUGAGACGACUGGCGGUCCAGAGGUUCUCCAGUUCAAGACCGACUACCCGGUGCCCCAGCCAGCGGAGAACCAGGUGCUUGUCAAAAACAAUGUCGCCGGAAUCAACUUUAUCGACACCUACUUCCGCACUGGCCUGUACCCAUCUCCCAAACCAGAAGUUCUUGGCCGCGAGGCAGCUGGCACUGUUGCCGCCCUGGGCCCGGGCUCAGAGUCGUCUGGCCUCAAGGUCGGGGACCGUGUGAUUUGGUUGGGCACUUCUUCAUAUGCAGAGUACUCGGCCGUUGCUACAAAGGACGUUGUCAAGAUUCCCGACGCCGUCACAGAUGAAGAUGCCAUUGCCUCUUUCCUCAGCGGUCUGACCGUCUUGAGUUUGGUGAAAGAAACAUAUGUUGUCAAGAAAGGCGACACUGUCCUGGUGCAUGCCGCUGCCGGCGGUGCUGGAUUCUUGAUUGUGCAGAUCCUCAAACUGCUCGGAGCCACAGUCAUUGGCACUGCUGGAGGACCCGAAAAAGUUGCCCUGGUUAAGAGCCUGGGUGCCGACUAUGUCAUUGACUACCGUAGCGAAGAAGGCAAGGACUGGGUUAAGCUGGUCAAGCAGUAUACCAAUGACCGUGGCGUUGAUGUCGUCUAUGACUCGGUUGGAAAGGAUACCUGGGAGGGCAGUCUUGAAGCUGUCAAGAGAAAGGGCUUCAUUGCCUGGUUUGGUAAUGCCAGUGGCCCUGUCCCGCCUUUCCCUAUUCAACGACUCGCUGCCAGAGGCGUCACAAUUGCCCGACCAACGCUAUUCAAUUACAUCACAACUAGAGAGGAAUUCGAAGGCUAUGUGAACCAGCUGUUUGAGCUUCUUGGAUCAGGAAAGCUCAAGGUCAGGAUUCACAAGGUCUAUCCAUUGGAAGACGUUCAAGAAGCACACAAGGACCUGGAAGGCAGAAAAACCACAGGCAAGCUGCUGUUGAAGCCGUAG